AUGGUGGUGAAACACGUGGAGGAUGCCUCGCAGUUCCAGACCCUAUUGAGCCAGACGGAGAAGCUUGUGGCCGUCAUGUAUUCGGCCGAGUGGUGCCACAACUGCCGGAUGAUCCGCCCGCACUUCUACAACCUGUCCGAGCAGCUCACCGGCGUGACCUUCGUGGAGGUGGACGUGGACGACGCGGAGCCGCUGGCCCGCUCGGCCGGCAUCACCUGCAUGCCCACCUUCCACUUCUUCAAGCGGUCGAAGAAGGUGGGAGAGUUCUCGGGGACGAAGCGGGAGAAGCUGGAGCGCCUACUGGAUGAGCUGACCGAUAAAAAUUAG